GCCAACAGCGACGCCUGGUCGUCGUCACCGUCAUCGACAGUGCUGGCGAGUCCUCGUGGCGGGAAGCUGAGUGACGUGCGUCCCGGACGUGACUACGUCGUGCGUGUCCGGACACGCAACGUCAUGGGCAUCAGUUCCCCGUCGCCUACGCUCCACUUCCGGACCGAGGAAGAACGUCCGGCUUCCGCUCCCACGGACGUGUCUGCUUCCUCGAUGUACGCCCGCACUGUGGCCGUGUCCUGGGGCCACGUGCCCACAGAGGACGAGAAUGGGCUGGUAUUGGCGUAUCACUUGGGAUUCCGUCGAUAUGGGGAUGAACGACGGGAAUACGAGUGGCAGUCGACGGCGGCCGGAGACGUGGCACCGGAAGUCGGACUUUCCCUGGGUUCUCGACACUAUUUCCGUGCGACACUCGACGGCCUCUCGCCCUACACGCAAUAUCAGGUCGUCGUCAGGGCCGUGACGAGCAAAGGUCCUGGCCCACACUCGACACCCGUCGCUGUCGAAACCUACGAAGAGGGUGAGCGAUCGUAUCUGUCAUUAUCAAACUUUGCUAAUAUUCGCCAAGAAAUGUUCGAUGACGACGACGACCUUGAGCUUGAAUUAAACGGGGUUUUCCCCAGCCCAAACGCUGAGUGUGAAGUUCCGAGUGGACCCCCAAUGCACCUCGUGUGUCGGACCAGUACCCCAGACAGGAUCGAAUUGACUUGGGACCCACCUGCUUCCCCGGAACGUAAUGGGAUCAUUGCGCAUUAUUUAGUACACCGGGAAUGGGAAGGUGCAGAACGAGUCAACAUUGAGGCCUCAAAGACACAGAUGAAGUCUUUGACGUUUGAGAACCUCCAGCCGUUUACAAACCACAGGGUUUCUGUGGCUGCAGUCACUUCUCGUGGACAUGGACCCUUCAGUGACAGCGUGUCCUGCAGCACAUUACCAUCAGAUCCCGACCCACCAGAACAGAUAAAAGUGGUGAAAGCCGGCAAAAACGCGGUGUUCGUGUCAUGGCUGCCGCCGAGGAUCAGCAAGUGCAAAAUCAGUGGUUACAGGUUUUAUCGGAAAACUUUGGAUGGGACCAGCAGGUCUCGGUCCCCGACAAUCGCGCACCGAAAUCUGGCUGCCACCAACGGCGACUUGACGACCUACGAAACCGGGCUUAAAGCCGGCACCAGGUACGAAUUCUGGGUCACCGCACUGUCCGAUACUGCGGAAAGCCUGCCUUCGCCCAAGUUCAUCGAGGUCACGGGCUCGACCGGACGUUUGGCAUCGGCGGACCUUCCGAGGAACCACACAGUCAGCAAGGGCUCUUUCAUCAAAAUAGAGUGCAACUUCAUCGGGGAACCUGCGCCGAAGAUCACAUGGAAUUUUGCAGGGAUCCCCCGAGGCACUGCUGCUCCUCAAAGCGUGGAGAAGCAUUUCGAAGCCCGUGAAGGCGAAGACGGGAUCUUGUCUGUGGUGCAUUUGACUUUGCAGCACGCACACGUGGAACACGGGGGUCGCAUUGAUUGUUUUGCUGAAAACGGCGACAGUCGGGCUCAUCGGACUGUUUGGCUCUCUGUUCAAGAUGUCCCACAAGCGCCGGUUUUGACGGAAAUUCAUCGAACCAGUGACUCCGUGAGUGUGGAAUGGACCCAAGAUCACUUUGUCAAUGACAAACCUAUAGAAAAUUUUCUGCUGAGCUGGAGAAGUGAGAGUGAAGAAAAUCACUGGAUGACCAAACUGCUCUUGUCAACUGAACGUAGUCACAAAAUCCAGGAACUCACAUGCGGGGAAAACUACCGAGUGAAUAUAAAGAGCAGGAAUGCCAUCGGAUGGAGUCAGCAAAGCCAAGAGCUCAGGAUCCAGCCCCAAGGCAAUGGACGAAGAAGGGAGCAGAAAAUCCCCAUUCAUCCGGAAUUGGAGUUCAUUUCCGUAGGGCUGCAGGAAUUCCAACUCGGCGACUGCGAAAUAUCCAAAUUCUACGUGGACUACAAAAAGUCCGACUCCUUGCAUUGGAUCCAAGCUCCAGGAGCCAUUCCACCAUUCGGCUACUACAUUUUACCUGGACUACAAAAGGGGACCAAUUACGACCUCAGAAUAAUACCAGUUCUCAACAACAAUCACAGGCUCAAGCCAUCGUUCUUCAGCACGAGGACCAAGUUUAUGCACAAUGAAACGAUUAAUUCACCUGGAGCAACUCAGGAAUCCGAGUUGACGGUUGCAGAGUCCGAGUCAAAAACUGGAGAAGAAACGGCGCAAAAAAGCAUCAGCUUACGACUGGUGAUCCCAAUAACCGCCAGCAGCCUUGCUGUCUUGGUGACAGUAGCAGCAGUUGUUUUGUGUCUGAGAAAACGCACAAACGCGAGUUAUUUCAACCAACCAGACUACAGCAAAGAUGUUUACAUGAGGACCAUGAUGUCAAACAACGCUAUUCCUCUUCAGAGCACUGGUUUCCGUGAUCAAUUGUUGGCCAGGAAACCUGAAUUUACUCCUUCUGGGGAGUUUUUCUCGAUCGGAAAUGGAGAUUGUGGAGAGGAAAUCAGUCCGUAUGCGACGUUCCCAGUGAUUCCUACUGAAAGCCAGCCACCUCAACAACCACACCCACAUUAUCAGCGGUAUUUGGACGCGGACACGUUGAAGGUGUCGUGUCGAGGCGAGCGGAGCCCAUAUUUCCAUCCUGCCCAACCGCAGGAAAUCUAUUCUGGAACUGGAGGCAAGCGAUCUCGUUUGCCCGCGGCUUAUUCACGUUCUUCCGUCGACGAAAGCGACGGCUGCUCCAGGGAAUCCCUCAAAAGUUCCGGCUACAGAACUUUGGACUAUGACUUCAAGCGUUCUGGAGAGGCGAGGAUGAAAGGACGCAAGAAAUCUGGUGGCAGAUCUCAACGGCAGUGGGACGGUGGUGAGAGACUUUUCGGGGAAACGCAAUUCGAUGAAGGACUUCCAACCCAAUGGACGCGAGUCGGGGACGAAACCAGCUAUCUCACACAGAGUCGGAAAAUCCCUUACAAGCCGGGCUCUGUCAUUGCAGUUUAGUUCGGGAAAUUCCCGUGGUUCCACAAUAAUGCGGAUGACUCAAAAAUGGCUGCAUUUCUAAUUAUAUUUUUCUAAGAAGGAACUUCAGUUUUUUUUUUUGCGAAGCAGAAGUAAAGCGCAAUGAGUGAACAUUUUGUGCGUCGCCGCGUCAUGCGAUAUUCGCGGUGUUUGUGACUGUAUUCUAAUACAGCUUUCGAAGGCAUUGCGGAAAGCCAUAUGGCAAUUAAACGUGUUCUGUUUUUCAAGACGUGAAA